AGGAAGGGGAAUAACUGUAAGCGAUAAAUGCUAUCCCUUCACACCAUGCCUAAGUAAUUUAGCACAACGUCGAUCGCAGCGCCAAUUUUGAUAGCUUGCGGUUAGGUGAGGAACUACGGUGAAGGGAAGAAGAGUCCACUCUGCUGUAUAGCAACUAGUUCAUUAGUUUUGAAUCUGUACACGUUCAGCUCGUUGUGUUACUUAUCCGAAUUUUCAAAGGACAUGUCCUGCAAGUCCCGGCCACAUACAGCAUCUCUUUAACCGAUUCGAAGCCUCGAUUUUCUCGAUGAACCACUCGAGACGGUGUGUGGUGUGCCGCCAAAAUUUCACCAUCUCCGUCACUUCCUGUGGUGUUCGUUGUGGAUGGUGAUCGUAUUUCCAAUGGUGAACUUGAAUAGGGCUGAUACAGGAUGAAAGUGUGAUGUCCCGAGACAAUGAUCUGAGAGAAGCCAGCGACAACGAAUAUUCCCGUGGCCAGCCCGCAAUUGAGAGGGGAUGUUCCGCAUUGUUGAAGAUGCUGACGGACAGACAAAGAUCUUCCUAAACGCCACCAACGAGUUUCUGUGCGUCGUGAAGGAGAAGGUGUCCCGGAAGAGGCCCCGGACCGAAGAAACAGACGACAAUGAGUGCCGACGGAAAAGUGUCGAACGCAGAUUGUCUGACAACUCCUUCAAAAAGCUGAAGAAUGAAUGCCUUGUUUCUACAGUGGCACAGACUUCAAAGAAAGAGAGCACAGAAGUACGUCUCCCAUGUGCCACCGAUUUGCCCGAGGAGCAAUGGCGACCCGAAGAGCCGCCGACGCAAGCCGAGUUCCUCGGGCUCUUCGACUUAAUCUCAUCGAACGAAUCUAAGAACGGCCGCUGGACUCCACCGCUGGACGUCGCCCACGCCACCGCCUGCAUCCCGCUGUCGUCCCUACGAGUGAGAAGAUACCUGCGCUCCCUCCCGGACGCCGACGCCACCUCCGCCGUGGAGGCCUACGAGAGGUACUGCAACCUGCGCUUCCUGCUGCGGACGCCGACGUUCAACGGCUUCCCAGUCGCGUACCGCGAGCCCAAAUGCUGCAAAACGUGGCACGUGUACUGCUUUGGCAGGGAGCAGCGCCUGGAGCGGCGCCGGUACCUGGCCACGGGGCUCAACCGCCGUGCCCGGAAGCUCCGGGCACGGUGCAAACCCGCCGCCGUUGAGCUGCGUAGACUGAGCGCUGCCGAGAUCGCCAUGUGGGAGCACGGCCGGCUCUCCCCGCUGUCGCUCGAGAAGGUUCCGUGCCUCCAGCCGCGGUGCGUCAUCUCGGACGUGAGGGACCUGGUCUGCGACGGUGCCGUGCUGCAGGUGUCCCUGUCGGACGAAGCCUGUGCCAAACUGAACGUACCGGCGUCGCCGCGGCGCUGCAGAAGUUUGACCGCCUCGCCUAGGAAAACGCCCAUGGGAAAAGAGAACGUGUGCAAGAGCAGCUGGCAGAACCUUUGCAACACCGGCCCUGUGGUGAAUGGACAUUAAACGAAUAUUAGUUUUUUUUAGCGUGUGGAAGACACGUAGCCUUUGACUGCUUGCCUCGGAAUAUUGAUGGACGCUGCCAGGUUCUUGGCUUUCGUUUAGCAUUGCGGACCGCGGAGGUACCUACUUCGAACUAUGUUUGACUGAGACCCGUAGAACUACUUAAGCUGGAGUUUUUAUUUACGUAUACAUUUACACCUUUUUUUCACUUUUAAGCGAGGAUUGGUUAGUUGGAAAAGACAUUUUACCGUUGGGUUACUUUGUGGGGGAGCACCAAGCACUCCCAGAAGGAUUCUGCUUCUGAUGGCAAAACAGAACAAGGCAAAAAGUCCACGAUCAUGAACAUGUAAUUUAUGUACAGAAGUUGUGUUUGUAAUGGAGAUGCUUCAUGUACUGUAAAUACUUUUUAUGUGCGAGACUCACAUUUACGCGAACUUGACUCCUUCCUUUGUCACGGUGAACACGUGUCGCACGGACAAAGCCACGACGCUUCUAGUACCGUCGCUGUCCACAUCUAUCUGGACACCGGACUGGCGUCCCAAUCCGGACCUCCGGCUGACAACGCACGUCAGACCGAAACGUGACGUUAGGUCCUUGAGGCGAGAUGUCACGUCGUUAUACCGCGACGUAACGUCUCGCAGCUGUAAGCGGUCGUGCCAGUAAAAGGCAGAAAUGCUAUCGACGACCAGUAGAGUUGUGCGGUUUACCAGAAGGUGAUCUUCCAUUGUUGCCAGUGUGCUGAGAAAAGCUUCCAAAGAUGGACAUUUGUAGAGAGUGAAAUAUUUGAGCGCGCUGCGGACGUCCGAGCCGUUGCGGUCCAGGAUCUGGGCCAGCCGGAACAGGUCGAAGUGAUAGUCGAGAUCAAAGUACACGACGUGCUGCCGGCGGUUCAGGUGUGGCAGGACAAGCGUGUAGAGAAUCUGGCUCUUUCCAGACCCGGGACCACCAGUGAGUUCCGUGAGUGCACCCGAAGGGAACAGUUGCUCUACCCGGUGGACAGUCUGGUGAGGUAUCUGCAAUUAAUCAGUUUCUGUUUGUGUGCAUGUUUGUACUUUACGUUGGAUGCAGCGAGUGUGAGACAAAGGACCCUUGUAAGUUAUGGCAACUGAACUUGUUGAAAAAUAAAAAUGACACAAAGGAACUUUUAA